AUGUCUGCUUCGCCAUGUGAAGUCUGUUUGGCUCGUGGCAAUGGCAAACACUUUGGAGUUGAUGCAUGCAGAGGAUGCACAUCAUUUUUCCGCCGAACCGUUGUAAAUAAAAGACAGUACAAGUGCAGUGAGGAUGAGUCUUGUGAUAUUGAGAAUUCAGAAUCCCUGUUGUGCAAAAAGUGUCGAUUCGAGAAAUGCCUCAAAGUUGGAAUGAAAAAAGAAUCCAUCCAAAACCACCGCGACAUUUAUGGCCGUCGAAAUCCCCAAAAAUCGAUCUUACCCUCUCCAUCAACGUCGUCAAAACUACAGUAUCCAAUUCCAACUACAAUUAUCUCAACAAUCAAGCAAAAUUAUUCACAAUUACAAAAUGUGAGAGUAGUUGUGCAUGCUAUGGAAGGAGGUAGCAUGUUUUUGAAACCAGCACCUCGGGGACAAAGUUACAAGGAGACUUAUCGGCUGCUUUUGAGGGAGUUUUAUUUGGUUGCUGAUUGGAUUUCAAAUUCGUUUCCACACUUUACGGAAUUGCCAACUAGUCAAAAGGACAUCCUUCUUCGCAACUUCUAUCUCACAUUCUACAACCUGGAAGCUGGCUUCUUUGCCUGUCAAAAAUCCAGAGUCGAUAUUUGGUUUUUGCCGAAUGGAAAUUUUAUAAAUUGCCACAACUUGGAGAGCUUCUACCAUGAUGAAAAUAAUAUGCAGCCUAUGACAUCGGCAGACGCGGCGAAACUAUUCAAAGGCACAUGUACCGGAUGUAAACGGAAUGUUCUGAUACCAAUGUUAAGGGAAAAUGUGACCCAAUUUGAAUUUUUGGCAUUAGCAGCUCUUAUUCUUUUUGAUACAGGCCAAAGCGACAGUUGCAUUGAACUAUGUCGAAAAGUCCGGAAUACGGUACAAAAAGAAAUGAUCUAUCAUUAUUCGACAAUGAGAAAAACCGAGGAUUUUGCAUUGAGAAUGGCCAAUAUUUUAUCGAUUAUUCCUAGUGUGCAGAAAGCCAGUCAAAAAAUGCAGGAAGAUUUGGAAUUGGGACACUUGUUCAAUGCAUAUUCGGCUGAAAAAACGUUUUUUGAAAAUUGUAUGGGAAAGAGAUAA